AACACUGCCGAGAAAAUGUGAUAAACGCGCGGGUUUAAAUUUAACACAUGUGUUGUGACGUCAAAAAUGGCGCCCGGCUAGAGGUUAUGUCGAAAAGUGACGUUUUCUUGUCGCAGCCGCCCUAGUUCCGCGUUUAAGCGAAUAGAUAACGCGAUAAGAUAAGAUGCGCUUUUCCCGAGAUUCGAAUUUCGCGCUAUCGCGGACAAAAGUACGUGAUUUUUAAAUUAAUGGUUUUGUACACACGGAAUGGUAAUACAGUGAAACUUCCACAUAACGAACUGGCAUUUUACGAAAAUUUAUGCUUGUUUCCAUGGAUGCCACUCAGCUUCUCCUCAACGAGCAACUCGUCACCAUCACCGGUGACGCACUUACCAUUAAACGCCUCAACCAAGACGACCAAUAUUUGGCGGACUAUGUGAACCGGGCGGCAAAAGCCGGCCAGUUCCACUUCCUGUUCAUCAAGGACCCAACUCUUCGUCGAAUCGUUGUUAAAAGAGUUCCUUCCACCUUUAUUCCCGUUUGGUGCAAGAAAGGUAAACGUUCUGAUUCUGAAAGUGACACCGCUGCGUGUCUUCUGCUCCUCAAAUUACGCAACACUGAGAAAUACUUGCAGCGGUUCCAAGAUGGCGGCUCUGAGAAUAAGGUGUGGGAGGAGCUUGCGAGCGAGAUGCGAUUGGCUGGUUAUGACGUAGAUGCACAGAAAUGUGCGCAGAAGUUCGCUCAGUUGACUCAGAGUUAUCGGAAGAGGAGCGAUUGUCAGGGUAUGGUUCUGUCUCCCGAAAUGCGGGUUGAAUUGAGGAAGGUUUUGGGGGAGAAAAAAGGAGAGAGCGAGGAGGAGGAUGAAGAAUGGUUACCUAAGUCGAAGAAGAGGAAGAAGAAUGGGGAGGAGGAUGACGCGGAGUUUUUGAAAAGGUUUUUAAAGAGAAGUGGAGAGUUGAAAGAGGAGAGGUUUAAAGAGGUGUGUACGUUGAUGAAGAGGAGGAAUGAAUUGUUAGAGGAAAGGUUGAAGCAGAAUCGGGAGGUUGUGGAGGUGUUGGCAAAACUGUUGAAUAAGUGAUUUCAUGUCUUAUUAUUUAUUUCAUA